AUGGCGCCACCCAUCUUUCUCCCUGUGACGGGUCUUGCGCCGGCCAAGCAAAUAGUCGGUAAUGUACUAACAGUGAAAAAGGAAUUGAAAGAGGCCCGAGAUGCCGCUCAAAACACGUCAAGCGGUUUCGAUGACAUCGCAUCGAAAAUCGGGUAUCCGGAGGACAUCGAAGAAGACACUAAGCAGUUCAAAAAGCUAAGACGGGACAUGGAAGACCUCUUAAAUGAGCGAGACAACCUGCGAGAUCGACUCGACCAGAGCAUCGAAGCGUACGGCGAAGUGGCGGAUCUCAACUCGGAUGAGCUGGUGAAACGAGCCAUCAAGCUCCCUGACAAAGUCACUGCAAUGCUUCUGCGAGUGAACCAGGCUGUUUUCUCCAAUAUGGACAACAUCUUGGAGCUUCACGAGGACUACAGGCACCUUCUCAGCGCGGACGAUCAGCAUAUCGAGAGUCAAAGAAACGUUGAUCCAGGCGCAGAGUCACAACUCGCAGACACUAACAAUGUCCAGAGGCUCAAGGCAGCUCUUGAACUCUCAUCCAUCGAGACGGAGGAGUUGAAGGAGCAGCUGCAUGAUAUGGAGAAAGAGAUGGACAACGUCACAAGAGAUCUCCGCACCAAAUACAACACCGCACAGUCAGAAUCAGCAGCGCUUCGAAAGCAAGUCAAGACUUUCCAAGCAAUCAAAGAUGAUCGUUCCAAGCUCCAUCAACGCUUGGCAAAAGCAGACGCUGAAGUCCUUGAGAUGAAAGAAGAUCUAAAAGUCGCCAACGCAUUGUCGGAAUCUUGUGUUCAGGAACGGCAGUCAAUGAAAGACUCGCUUGAUGCUGCCAACGUUACCAUUGUGAACAAGACAGCAAUGAUCACCGAGCUCGAGGCUUCCAUUGCGUCUUUGGAGAUGACUGGAGAAAAGGACGAGAAAACAUCCAACGAGAUCAUCCAAAAGCUUCACGGAAGGCUAGACGUCUUAGCUGCGGAAAGCAAUAAGAACUACUGGGACAUGCGGAAUCAACUUACAGAUGAAAAUUUGGGUCUUCUCUCGGAAGAAAGUCGGCUUGAAAACGAGAUCAAGAAUCUGAAGGACACAAAUAGAAUUCAGGAUCUACAAGCGAGACUCGAAAGAAACAAGGCCCUGGGCCUUGAAGAAGAGGUUGGACAACUCACCACAACCAUCGAGCAUAUGCGCAAGAAGUUGGAUGACAGUAGAAGAGGUCUGAGGGAAGCUCAAGAAUCUGUUCGGCACCUUCAAUCAGAUGUUCAUGACAUUGAGUAUGACCGAGACUGUUACGCACAAAAGCUUGUAGCUGCCAAUCGCUCAAAGGAGAGACUGGAAGAAAAGCUUCAGGCUGCUCUGGCGAGACUUACUGAGCAAUCUACGGAUAUGAUGGAUGUAACAGCAUUCAACACAAUGCACAAUCAGCUUCAAGGGCUGAGAGACAAGGUUGAAGAGCUGACGAUUGCUCGAGACUCUGGCGCUGACAGCAACGGAAUGCUCAAGAGAACGAAUGAGCAAAUGGAAAAGGCCAUCGCCCAUCUUACUGCUAGCGAACGAUUAAGGAGUAUAGAGAAUGGUGUCUUGGCUCAAGAGCUUGAAGAGACUCGGCAAAAACUUCUAGACGCCGAGAACAGACUUGCCGCUCCAACGCAUGAGGUGUCUCAACUUAGGUUUGAGCUAGAGCGCAAAAAGAUCGAGUUGGGUGCCACCAAGCAGAUCUCGGACCAGAGAAAAGCUGAGCGUGAUGACUUCCAGAAAUCAUGGAUGGAGGCUUUGGAGGCAAGCAAUCAGCGACAAGCUGAAGCAAGCAAAGCAUCUAUUGAUGUACAACGUCUUCAACAGGAGCUCACCCAGGCCAAGGAUAGGCUUCAAGACUAUGAUUCUCGCAUGGCCGUUGUGUCGGCCAAGAAUCAUAGUCUUCAGACGAACUUGAGCAAGCUGCAGGACGAGAAGAAAACAGUCGAGUCUCAUGUCACUAAACUUGAGGGGUCUUGCGCUCGAGGUUGA